AUGACUCGACGACUUGUUGGAGCUAUCGAUCAAGGAACAACCUCAACUCGCUUUGUCAUCUUUGAUGAGCGUGGUUCUAUUGUCACCUACCAUCAAAUGGAGUUUGAGCAACACUACCCGCAUCCAGGGUGGGUGGAACACGAUCCACACGAUCUCUUGGCAACAGCACAAACAUGUGUCGAACACGCUGUGCGUAAGCUUGAAUCCUUACCCGAUGGCUACAAAGCAUCAGACAUCGCAUGUAUCGGCAUAACCAAUCAACGAGAGACAACGAUUGCAUGGGAUACCGAAACCGGUGAGCCGCUAUACCCGGCUAUUGUAUGGAGUGAUGGUCGUACCGCUGGCACAGUGCAGGCACUUUCGGCAAAAUCGGACAAAGGCGUAAAGGCUUUACAAUCCAUCUGUGGUUUACCCCUGACCACCUAUUUUUCAGCAGUCAAGCUAAGAUGGAUGCUCGAUCAUGUACCCCGUGUCAAGGAGGCAUUGGCUCAAGGACGUUUGCGUUUCAGCACCGUUGAUACUUGGCUUAUCUAUCAUUUAACAGGUGGAGCAAAUGGUGGUAUUCUAGUAACUGAUGUUACCAAUGCAAGUCGAACCAUGCUCAUGGAUAUCCACACUUUGCAAUGGAGUGAUGAAGCUAUUCGUUUCUUUGGUUUCGAAGGAAUUCAGCUUGCCAAGAUUACAUCAUCAUCCAAAGUGUAUGGAAAAGUGGCAAAUGGUUGCCUAAAAGGGAUACCGAUUGCAGGUUGUCUUGGUGAUCAGCAAGCGGCAUUGGUGGGACAAAAAUGCUUUAACCAAGGCGAGGCCAAAAACACGUAUGGCACGGGAUGCUUUAUGUUAUUCAACACGGGAUCACAGCCUGUAUCUUCCAAGAAUGGUUUGUUGACCACUAUUGCAUAUCAACUUGGAGACGAGGCACCUGUAUAUGCAUUAGAGGGGUCCGUGGCUGUGGCAGGAUCAUCCAUUCAAUGGCUACGUGACAAUUUGGGAUUGAUUUCAGACGCCAAAGAAGUCAACACAUUGGCAUCUCAAGUUCCUGAUACAGCGGGUGUUUACUUUGUCACGGCUUUUACUGGUUUGUUUGCACCUUAUUGGCGACCUGAUGCACGAGGUACCAUUUGUGGUAUCACACAAUUCACCACGCGUUCACACAUUGCACGUGCCACACUUGAAGCUGCAUGUUAUCAAUCAAAAGCUAUUCUUGAUGCAAUGAAUGAGGAUGCGGGUACCCCUUUACGUUCACUCAAGGUUGACGGAGGCAUGUCCAACUCUGAUCUCGCUAUGCAAAUCCAAUCCGAUAUUCUUGGCAUCCAAGUGGAUCGUCCAGCUAUGCGUGAAACAACUGCACUCGGCUCUGCUAUUGCAGCUGGGCUCGCUGUUGGUGUAUGGAAAGAUGUACAUGCACUUGAUAAUGUCAACACUGAAAAUCGCACAUUGUUUACAUCCCAAAUUGAUGCAGACAAACGAAAAGAGCUAUACAGCGGAUGGCAAAAAGCGGUCCAUCGUGCUUUUGGAUGGGCCACGGACGUGGAAGCGUGA